UGGGCCGCAGUAUGACGGGCAGAACGAGAGACGACGUGGGCUCGCCCAUUGUCAUUGCUACUAGUGCGCUUGGUCUUCUCUACUGGUGCCUAGGUGUCCUGGCGCAUGCUGCAGGAACCCAGUUGCGGUUCCCGUUCCGUGCAAUGUCCGUCGCUUCGCUCGCACGACGCUCGCAAAUCAAAUUAAAAAAUUAACAAAAAUUGUUCACAACAGCACAAGCACAGUGUUGCUUUUCGUGCCGUCAAACUACUCAACACUGGAAACUAACUGGUUUUUAUCGAUGAACAUAUCUUGCUCGGUUAUAUAUCGAUUGUUUUUGUACAAGCUGCUGGCAAAAACAGCUGACUUACAUCGAUCUAUCGGAUCUGCGAAAUAAAUUCGUUUAUUUUUGUUUACCUGUCCGUUUAUCAGUGAUAAGAGAAAUGUCCAGCCACGAAAUAAAGUUGGAGGUCUGCGUGGACUCCAUCCGAUCUGCUUUUGCCGCCGAGGCUGGCGGAGCCUCGCGGAUUGAGCUGUGUUCGGCAUUGGGAGAAGGUGGCUUGACACCUAGCAUUGGCACCUUGAAAACCCUUAAGGAAACGCUCACAAUCCCAAUUUACUGCAUGCUGAGACCACGGCGGGGCACCGACUUUGUCUACAGCGACGAAGAGAUGUGCGCCCUGCUUACGGACAUGGACUUGUUGCGGGAAAACGGUGCCGAUGGCUUCGUUUUCGGAUCCCUGAAUCCGGAUCGCAGCAUCAACGUGGAUCAGUGUCGGCACGUUUUGCUGGCGUCGGGUGGUCUGCCAGUGACCUUUCACCGCGCCUUCGACCUCACUGACCAGAAGUCCAUGGACGAAAAUGUCCACUUGUUGCGGGAACUAGGCUUUAGACGUCUGCUGAGCAGCGGAUUUCGACCCACGGCUGCCGAUGGUGUGGAUUGCCUGGCACAGCUGAUAGCCAAACAUCAAAGGGACUUCAUAGUAAUGCCCGGCGCCGGCAUCAAGGUGUCCAACCUGGAGGAGAUCCUCACGGUCAGUCGCUGCCUGGAGUUUCACGCUUCCGCCCAGGACACUGCCGGCGAGGACUAUGUGGCGCCCACCACCACGCGAAUGGAGUGCGACGUGACCAUGGGCAAACAGGACGUAGACCCCUAUUAUGGAACCAACUCUAACGUGGUGCGCAAAAUGGUCACCAUUGCGAAAGCCAUGAGCUCCCGCUGAAUAUCUUAGUUCUUAACCUAUCCCUAAGACUUAAUGUAUUCCUUGAAUGUUUGUGCACUUUCAGUAUCGUCUAUAUAACUAGUAUAUAGCUUUUACGUAAGUAGUCAUAUCCCUAAAAUUCUAAAUUCUAAAAAAUAAGCAAUAUAGCUUUAUUUCGGCUAG